AUGAACGUACCAAGCAACGAUAGGGCCGACACCCCUCCCUCGGAGACCGUUUUGUCGCCCCCGAAGCAAACAGACUAUGAUGCUACGGAGGCUGGCUCACACACAGAAACGUCUCAAAGUUCUGAGAAUGAAGCAUUCGGAGGCAAAUGUACUUACAAACCAUCGAAUCGUUUUUUCGCCUUUAUGAACCGCAUCGUUCCGCACGGCGGCGCCAUAUCAAACUCAUAUAACCUGGCCUCUGUAACCAUUGGCUCCGGCAUUUUAUCGCUGCCCUCGUCGUUUCAGGCAACUGGAAUCAUAUUUGCCAUCGUGAUGCUCGUGUUAGUCACUUUAUCGACUGCGUACUCAACGUUCAUCCUGGGGCAGGCAGCGGAGAAGACGAAGUUUAAACUUUACACCUACGAACUCCUUUCCAAAGGGCUCCUUGGACACGGUUGCGACUAUCUAGCGGCUUUUAUUAUGUGGAUGUUCUGCUUCGGCUCGUGCGUGUCGUACGUCAUCUCUGUUGGUGAUAUUAUCGAGAAUAUCACCCAAAACUCCACAUCCAGCUCGUUUUGGACCACCAUAUGGGGUAAUCGGCUUCUUGUGUUCAUCGUGUGGGCCUGCCUGAUGCUGCCGCUGGCCAUCCCAAAGGAAAUCAACAGCCUGCGCUACGUUUCCGUGAUCAGUGUACUCUCCAUGGUAUACUUCGUCGCCGUUAUCGUCAUCCACGCUUGCACGAAUGCCUUCGAGAACGGCAAACUGAAGCACAAGGUGUCGCUGUUCAAGUGGGGGAACGACGCCACUUCCGGCAUCGGCACUUUUAUUUUUUCGUUUGUUUGCCAAACCAACACGUUCGAGGUGCUCCGCGAGAUGAACCACCCGACGCCGGCGAGGCUGACGCGAGACACAUCGUUUAGCAUGAGUGCGUGCUGUCUGCUUUACAUCAUCGCGGGUCUCUUUGGGUACCUGGAUUUUGGCGAAAGCAUCGACGAUUCGAUUUUGUUGUUCUACGACGCUAAACGCGAACCCAUGGUGUUUAUAUCCUACUUUGGUAUCGGCCUCAAGUUGUGCGUGAGCUUUGCUCUGUGUAUGCUUCCAGCUCGCGACAGCCUGUACUACUGUCUUUCCAAGAAGUUCCCCACGUUCAAGAGCAUCAACACGGUUCCGUUCUGGCGGAACGCAGCCAUCUGCGCGGCCAUGUCCACCCUGGCGCUGCUGCUUGGGACUCUCGGCAUCCACGUCAACGUGGUGUUCAACUUGCUCGGCGGCCUCUGUGGUGGGUUCAUCGGGUUUAUCUUUCCCGCCCUUUUUAUAAUGUAUCUGGGGGGGUGGACCCUGAAAAAUGUGGGCUGGUUUCACUACCUUAGUACCUAUAUUUUAUUAAUGCUGGGUGUUCUGGCCGUUGUUCUCGGCACCACAACGACCAUUUACUCCAUGAUUGUUUGA